CUUCACGCACUAGGGUUCUGCUUCUUCCUCCCUCGUCUGUGAUUCCUUGUAAACUAGAACAUAGGCAAGCCCACGGCAAGGCAUUUUUCAUUCUGGUUUGUGUUGUGCAUUGGGCAAAAAUAGUGAUCCAUUUUGGAUGGAGACACCAGCUGAGAAUCUUCCUCCCCGAACAUUCUCCAUAAAACUGUGGCCCCCAAGCCAAAGCACUCGCUUGAUGCUUGUUGAGCGCAUGACUAAGAACCUCUCCUCUGUCUCCAUCUUUUCUAGGAAGUAUGGCCUUUUGAGCAAAGAAGAGGCUGAGGAGAAUGCCAAACGAAUUGAAGAGGUGGCUUUCACUGCAGCAAAUGAACACCAUGAGAAAGAGCCCGAUGGCGAUGGGAGCUCAGCUGUGCAGCUUUAUGCCAAGGAAUCCAGCAAGCUUAUGCUUGAGGUCCUCAAAAGGGGCCCAAAAUCUCCCAAAAAGGAAUCCACUGAGCAGAAGGGACCAGAAACUGAUGAAGCCUCUAAAGCCCACAAAACCGUUUUUGAUAUAUCUGAUGGUGCCCGAUCUUUUAUUAACGAAGAGGAGGCUGAGAAGCUAUUGGAGCCUCUAAAAGAGGCAGGGAACUCCUAUACCAAGAUACGCUUUAGCAAUAAAAGCUUUGGUCUGGGAGCUGCUGGGGUUGCUGUUCCUAUUCUUAAAUCCCUUAAUGAUCAGCUCAGAGAGGUUGACCUCUCUGAUUUCAUUGCAGGAAGGCCUGAGGAUGAAGCCCUGGAGGUCAUGUCAAUGUUUGCUUCGGCUUUGGAAGGCUGCAUCUUGAGAUCACUGAACCUCUCGAACAAUGCUUUGGGCGAGAAGGGGGUUAGAGCAUUUGGGGCCCUCCUAAAAUCUCAGAGUGAGCUCGAGGAGCUUUAUUUCAUGAACAACGGCAUCUCUGAAGAAGCGGCGAGGGCCAUUUGUGAGCUUCUUCCCUCAGUCGAGAACCUUAAAGUAUUACAUUUCCAUAACAACAUGACUGGCGAUGAAGGCGCAGUUUCCCUCUCUGAGCUUGUGAGACGAUCCCCCUCAUUGGAGGAUUUCAGGUGCUCCUCUACAAGAGUUGGGUCUGAAGGGGGAGUUGCAUUAGCUGAAGCAGUUGGGACUUGCCCAAACCUAAAGAAGCUCGACCUAAGGGACAAUAUGUUUGGCACCGAGGCUGAAGUAGCCUUAGCCAAAGCUUUAUCAGGACUUAAUGGGAUUAAGGAGGCCUACUUCAGCUACUUAAACUUGGAAGAUGAAGGUGCUGUGGCUUUAGCUGAAAGCCUCAAGGACACUGCCCCUAUGCUUGAAGUUUUGGAGAUGGCUGGAAAUGAUAUAACGGCAAAGGCUGCCCCUGCAUUGGCUGCUUGCCUUAAAGUGAAGGAAUCACUUUCAAAGUUGAAUUUGUCAGAGAACGAGUUGAAGGAUAAGGGGACAAUUGUGAUUUGCAAGAUGCUUGAAGAGGGGCAUAAAGAUCUUAAGGAGCUCGAUCUCAGUACAAAUGGUAUCACAAGAGUUGGGGCUAAGGUUUCGGCCAAGGCUGUGGCUGAGAAGCCAGGUUUUUCGAUGCUGAACUUGGAUGGGAAUUGCAUUUCAGAUGAAGGUAUUGAUGAGGUGAAGGAGGUCUUGAAGGAAGGUGUUAAUGGGGUAUCUGUUCUUGGGCCUUUGGAUGAGAAUGAGGAAGAUGGUGAUGGUGAUGAUAAUGAUGAGGAUGAGGGUUCAGUGGAUGGGCAAGGUGAUGAGGAUGGAGAGGGAGAGGAGCUGCAGUCCAAGCUUCAAGAGCUUAAAGUGGAUGAAGAUAAAGAGUAGGAGCUCUAAUCAUUAACACGAUGAUUAGUAGAUGUAGAGAGAAUGGCCUAUUAUCAGGAGCCUCUCUCUCUCUCUCUCCCUCUCUCUCUCUCUCUCUUAUAUUUACACUGAUUGCUGGUGUCUUGCAGCUGGAUGCAGUAACCCUGAUUCCUUGGCUUUGAGGUAUUUUCCAAGGAACCCCCUUAUGAUAUGCGCCUCUAUUGCUGUCGUCGUUGUCGUCGUUUUUUUUUGUUUUGGUGGCUUUAGGAUAAUCUUGAGAGACUUGCAUCCUAUGUACUACUAUUAGAAGGGGUAGGUGGUCGAUUGAAUAGUUUGCCAAAUGAAACUGGGAAUCCGGUUUUUGUGCAAGCUUUGAAGAAUUUCGGAGCAUGACCAGUUGAUGAUUAGACAAAAUCAGCGAGUUGUUUAAUGCCUUCUUUCGCACCCCUUGUACUUUUUAAGUGGUGUGGUGUGGUUUGACUAAUUGAUGAUUGCCCUCUGUUACGUCAUGGCUCAGUUCACUCUG